GGUGAGCGGCCUCCGAAGCGGAGCGGGGCUCGCAGGAGACACUUUUUUUUUCCUCCCUCCUUCCCUCCUCUCCUCCUCCCUUCCCUUCCCCUCUCCUCCCCUCUCUCCUCCUUCCCCCCUCGGUCCGCCGUAGCCUGCUGGGGCGAGCAGUUGGUGUAGCAGGCGCUCACUCUCCGGGGCCGCCCGGCGGGUAGCUGGCGGGGGGAGGAGGCAGGAACCGCGAUGGCGCCUCAGAAGCACGGCGGUGGGGGAGGGGGCGGCUCGGGGCCCAGCGCGGGGUCCGGGGGAGGCGGCUUCGGGGGUUCGGCGACGGCGGUGGCGGCGGCGACGGCUUCGGGCGGCAAAUCCGGCGGCGGGGGCUGUGGAGGCGGCGGCGGUUACUCGGCCUCCUCCUCCUCGGCGGCCGCGGCGGCGGGGACCGCGGUGUUACCGGUGAAGAAGCCGAAGAUGGAGCACGUCCAGGCUGACCACGAGCUUUUCCUCCAGGCCUUUGAGAAACCAACACAGAUCUAUAGAUUUCUUCGAACACGCAAUCUUAUAGCACCAAUAUUUUUGCACAGAACUCUUACUUACAUGUCUCAUCGGAACUCCAGAACAAGCAUCAAAAGGAAAACUUUUAAAGUUGAUGAUAUGUUAUCAAAAGUAGAGAAAAUGAAAGGAGAGCAAGAAUCUCAUAGCUUGUCUGCCCAUUUGCAACUUACAUUUACCGGUUUCUUCUACAAAAAUGAUAAGCCAUCACAAAACUCAGAAAAUGAACAAAAUUCUGUUACCCUGGAAGUCCUGCUUGUGAAAGUUUGCCACAAAAAAAGAAAGGAUGUAAGUUGUCCAAUAAGGCAAAUUCCUACCGGUAAAAAGCAGGUGCCUUUGAAUCCUGACCUCAACCAAAUGAAACCAGGAAAUUUCCCAUCACUGGCAGUUUCCAGUAAUGAAUUUGAACCUAGUAACAGCCAUAUGGUGAAGUCUUACUCACUACUAUUUAGAGUAACGCGUCCAGGAAGAAGAGAAUUUAAUGGAAUGAUUAAUGGAGAAACCAAUGAAAAUAUUGAUGUCAGUGAAGAAGUUCCAGCCAGAAGAAAACGAAAUCGUGACGAUGGGGAAAAGACAUUUGUUGCACAAAUGACAGUGUUUGACAAAAACAGGCGUUUACAGCUUUUAGAUGGGGAAUAUGAAGUAGCCAUGCAGGAAAUGGAAGAGUGUCCAAUAAGCAAGAAAAGAGCAACAUGGGAGACUAUUCUUGAUGGGAAGCGGUUGCCUCCAUUUGAAACAUUUUCUCAGGGACCUACAUUGCAAUUCACUCUUCGUUGGACAGGAGAAAGCAACGAUAAGUCUACAGCUCCUGUUGCCAAGCCUCUUGCCACUAGAAAUUCAGAGAGCCUCCAUCAGGAAAAUAAGCCUGGUUCUGUUAAAGCUGCUCAAACUAUUGCUGUUAAAGAGACACUGACUGCAGAGCUGCAAACAAGGAAAGAAAAGGAUAUUUCAAAUGAAAAUCGCCAGAAAUUAAGAAUAUUUUAUCAGUUCCUUUAUAACAAUAAUACAAGACAACAGACGGAAGCCAGAGAUGACCUGCACUGCCCUUGGUGCACUCUCAACUGCCGUAAGCUGUAUAGUUUACUCAAGCAUCUGAAACUCUGCCAUAGCAGAUUUAUCUUCAAUUAUGUAUAUCAUCCAAAAGGUGCUAGGAUAGAUGUCUCUAUCAAUGAGUGUUAUGAUGGUUCCUAUGCAGGAAAUCCUCAGGAUAUUCAUCGCCAACCUGGAUUUGCUUUUAGUCGAAAUGGACCAGUAAAGAGAACACCUAUAACACACAUUCUUGUGUGCAGGCCAAAACGAACAAAAGCAAGCAUGUCGGAGUUUCUUGAAUCUGAAGAUGGAGAAGUAGAACAGCAAAGAACAUACAGCAGUGGCCACAAUCGCCUCUAUUUCCACAGUGAUACCUGCUUACCUCUCCGGCCACAAGAAAUGGAAGUAGAUAGUGAAGAUGAAAAAGAUCCAGAAUGGCUGAGAGAAAAAACCAUUACUCAAAUUGAAGAAUUUUCUGAUGUGAAUGAAGGAGAGAAAGAAGUAAUGAAACUGUGGAAUCUCCAUGUCAUGAAGCAUGGAUUUAUUGCUGACAAUCAAAUGAAUCAUGCCUGUAUGCUGUUUGUAGAAAAUUAUGGACAGAAAAUAAUUAAGAAGAAUUUAUGUCGAAACUUCAUGCUUCAUCUAGUCAGCAUGCAUGACUUUAAUCUUAUUAGCAUAAUGUCAAUAGAUAAAGCUGUUACCAAGCUCCGGGAAAUGCAGCAAAAACUAGAAAAAGGAGAAUCUGCAACCCCUGCAAACGAAGAAAUGACUGAGGAACAAAAUGGGACAGCAAAUGGAUUCAGUGAAACUAACUCAAAAGAGAAAGCUUUGGAAUCAGAUGGUGUCUCAGGGGUUCAAAAACAGAACAAGAAACAAAAACUCUGAGUUCUGACCCCGUGUUGUGGACACUGAAAUUGCUUCUAGGGAAUUCAGCCUCUAAGAAGAGUUGUGAUUUUAGGUUGUUUGGUUUUUAAUCAUGGAUUCGGAACAGGCAGUGUUAGAUGAAGUCAGUGAUUCCAGCGUGGAGGUUCUGUGGGUCUGCGUCCCUUCUUGUGCUUAUCAGCUUUAGUGAUGUCAUCACCAUUUGGUUUAGGCCUGAGAAGCAGUAUUUCAAGGAAUUGUUUUUAACUGCAACAACAGUCAUCUUAUGAAAUAUAUUGGGUUAAUAUAGAAAUUUUACACCUAAAUUAUAAUACUUUUUGGAUCUGUGACUGGCUGUUUUUCUGCUUUGUAAUUGUGAGAUUUUUGUCUGGGGAGGGAAUGUUGGGCUGUCAUUCCCCCUUAGAAAUGGAGGGUUUUGUGAAAUUGUUACAUUACCACUUUUUCCCAAACGUUGACCCUUAAUUCUGACAUUAGUUCUACAUUUGGAUUGGAAAAAUGCAAGUUCUGCCCCAGUUCUUGUUCAGUUUUAAAGUAGCACCCAUUCACCUGCCUGUUGGAGACGACACUAGGCCUCCAGGUGCAGUGUGCAGUGAUGAAAUUACCAUCUGUUUCUCAAGUGGAUAAUUUUAGUGCUUGCUUACCCAAUAUAUGUAUAUUUUUUUACUUGAACACGUUUUUAGUUUUUCUCUUUAAUUAGGUAAUCCCAUGGAAAAUUCUUCUGUGCACAUCUUUGCAUUAGGACUAAAGCAAGAAAACAGUUGGAGACUUUAUAAGAUGCCACUUUGGGGGUGGGGGAGAGGGUUGUCCCUGAGAAUGAACCAGAUGUUACACAUUGUUUCCUUGUGAUGUACUUUUUGAUUAGAAUAUUCAAUGCUGAUAAGCUGACUUGAAUUGUUUUGAGCAAUUUUCCCUGUGUUGUGUGUUUUACACACAUUUUUACGGUUGGAUUUUCUCCAACAGAAAGCGGUUUCACUACUGGCGUAUUAAUAAGCACCAAUAGGUUUUUAUUCCAACUCCAAGCACUGUGGUUGAAUAACAUCACCUCAAUUUUUUAUUAUCCUUUAAAGAUAUUGCAUUUUCAUAUUUUAUUUAUAAAGGAUCAAUGCUGCUGUAAAUACUGGUAUUUUUUAAUGUUGUAAUUUCAUUCCACCACCAUCAGAUGCAGUUCCCUAUUUUAUUUAGUGAAGGGACACAAGCUUUCUCGUGGUGUCUUCAGAGAUUUAUAAAUGUAAAUACUGAUUUGGCUGGUCUUUACGAUGUGUUUAACUGUGACGCUAUUUAAAUAGUGUGGAUGUGAUUUGUCAUCCAGUAUUAAGUUUUUAGUUUCUGGUUUUUGUGUUUAAAAUAUAGGGAAGAGGGAGCUGCAGUGUUGGCUGCUGGUGCCCUGGCUGGGAAGCUCUCCUCCUGAUUUCACUGAGCUCUCGGUUGGCCACUGGGUGUGGGUUCUGAGCAUUUCUCUUGGGCUUUAAUUUGCUAAAGCUGUGCACAUAUGUAAAAAAAAAAAAAAAUAGAUUAUUUUAGGGAAGAUGUAGAUGUAGAAUUAUUGCUUAUGUCAUUUCUUAAGCAGUUAUGCUCUUAAUGCUUAAAAGAAGGCUAGCAUUGUUUGCACAAAAAAAUUGGUGAUUUCCCUCCCCUGAAUAGUAAUGAAAUUACUUCUGUUGAAUAAACUUUUUAAUGUCAUCUUAUAAUAAAAGCUGAAAAAUCCCUUUGUUUCUAUUUAUAAAAAAAAAAGCUUUUCUAUAUGUACCCUUGAAAACAGAUUUUGAAGAAAUCAUGUAAGAUGAUAAAACAUUUGAAUGGUACAAUAGAUGUAAAAAAAAUUCAGUUUAAAAAGAAACGUUUGUUUUUACAUUAAAUGUUUAUUUGAAAUCAAAUGAUUUUGUACAUAAAGUUCAAUAAUAUAAAGCUGUAUUCUAUUUUUCUUAAUUCAUGGUUUUUAUAUGUACAUUUAGAAUUUUGCUUAGAUGGCUUAGGGAAGGAUACAGAGAAGUACACUAGUUACGGAAGAUGUAAUAGGGAGGGAGUCAAGGGGUCAAAAAAGCAAUGCUCAGCAUUCCCAGGUAUAUAUGCUGUGUGUGGUGUUGAACUGGAGCCUUGCCAUCCUAGGCAGUGGCUCCGCUCUAAUUUCUCUAUUGAGAUAAAUUCUAUGCUUGAAUUCACAUGAAAAAUUAUUGGCCCCAAAUAGUUUCCUAAGUAUGUAGUUCAAAGCAAA